UUGUUUAGCCAGAACCCUGUUCGCCAGACCGCCAUGGAAGUUAAUGAAAAGGCUGCCGUUGACACAAAGUCGACAGACAAAACAAAAAGGGGCCAUCACAAUUGAUAGGGGUCAGCAAACCAGUCACUAUGCGACAGAUGUGCCCUAUUUUAGGAGCCCCUAUGAACGAAGCAGCACUUCCUCUGUGGAAGAGACGAGAUCAGCGCCCAAGCCUAAGUUAUUCAUUAGCGACAGCGAACCAUUUGUUGACUUUGAUGAUGUUUUGCCGGAAAUUGGCGAAUUUGGAUGCUUUCAGAAAUUACUGUUUGCGCUAAUGUUAGCAUUUUGCUUUAUUGCCGCCUUUGUGUAUCUUAGCCAGAUCUUUAUGACGUUGCCGCCACAAAAUUAUUAUUGUUUCGUCCAUGGGCUCACGCUCAUUCCGAGCGAGGAGGAACGCAAGAGUCUCUCCAUACCCAAGGAGUCAGAUGGCAGCUACAGUCGCUGCCAGAUGUAUGAUGUCAACUAUACGGCUGUUUUUAAGGCCGAAAAUCGCAGCGAGCUCAUAAACAGUUCACUGCCCAAAAUACCCUGCCGGGAGGGUUAUGUCUUUAGUCGCGAUGAACCAUUUCACACGGCAUCGAUGGAGUUUGGCUGGGUUUGCGAUAACGAUUACUAUGCCACCUAUGCCCAAGUGAUCUUCUUUCUGGGAUCCGUUAUGGGCUGCUUGUUCUAUGGACACUUUGCAGAUCAUUGCGGUCGUUUGGCCGCCCUGGUCAGUAGCUGUUCCUUGGCCCUGUUCGGCAGCUUAUUCACAGCAUUCAGCAACAGCUUUCUGACCUUUGCCAUUACACGCUUUCUUGUGGGUGCCUCCUUCGAUACUUGCUUCACAAUGAUCUAUAUACUGGUUCUCGAGUAUGUGGGUCCUACGUAUCGCACAUUUGUUGGCAACAUGUCGCUGGCGGUGUUCUACUCACCCUGCACCAUGCUGAUACCGUGGAUGGCCCUAUACUUGGGCGAUUGGCGAACCUUUGCCUUUGUGGGCGCCUUGCCCAUUGGUAUUGCUCUGUGUGCCUAUUGUUUUCUGCCCGAGUCGGCGCGCUGGCUGGUCUCUGUGGGCAAGAUCGAUCAGGCAAUUGUGUUACUUCAAAGUGUUGCACAGCGGAAUAAGCGCAUUGUGUCCAAUGCGCUGUGGAAGAAAUUUCGCGAGGGCUGCGAGCAGUUCUACAAGGAGGAGUUUGAGGGUCGCAGCUUUACGGUCUUUUCGAUAUUCAAGCGUAUUCGCCUGGCCCGCUAUAUGCUGCUCAUGAUCUUCAUUUGGAUGAGCAUUUCGCUGAUAUACGAUGGACAUGUUCGAGCCGCAUCGGUACUCGAUAAGGAGAAUGUGUUCGUUGUCUUUACGAUCGCGUGUGCCACAGAGGUGCCGGGAGAUCUGCUGGUCAUUCUGACACUGGAUCGCUUUGGACGUCGCUGGUGUGCCUUUGCCUACACCACAUUGAGUGGAAUAUUCAGUUUGCUGGCAGCCAAUCUGAGCAACUCUCAUUACAUUUUAGCAGCUGCCCUCUCCGGACGCUUCUUUGCCAAUGUCUGUUAUAACAUUGGCCUGCAGUGGGCGGCCGAGGUGCUGCCGACGGUGGUGCGGGCGCAGGGUGUGGCCUUCAUACACACCAUGGGUUUUGUGGCCAUGCUACUGUCGCCGCCGGUCAUCUAUCUAUCUCACCUAUCCCUCUCGCUGAUGCUGAACACGCUGGGCGGCCUGGGCAUUAUUGGUGGUAUUCUGGCCCUGUUUCUGCCGGAGACCCUGCACCAUGAUCUGCCCCAAACGCUCAGCGAAGGCGAUCACUUUGGCAAGGAUCAACGCAUCUGGCACUUUCCCUGCUGCGGACCGGGCGCAAAGAGUCAAUCGCGAACCAAGCGACUGUGGCACGAAGGCUCCAGCCUCCGCACCAUUUCACGGGACGAGUUCCGAUCAAAGAAACUGCAUCGCGUGGCAGUGGUUAAGACUCGUAACUUGGCCCGGUCGAGUUAUGCAACCGCAUUAAUUGGUCAAGUGCAUUCUGUGGCCAGCAAUGGCACCGAAGUUUUGGAAAGGGUACAAAAUUUAACAAUAAGUGAUAGAUGGAGACGAACUAGCUAGUUGCUAAUAAUUUUGUUUAUAUAUUAUAAUAAUACAAAUAUUAACAACUAAAUUGUCAUUGAAGUCU